GCCGGGCCGACCUCACUUCCUGGCCAGGCCGUGGUGCGGGCUGGCAGCACCCGGCGGCGGAGGGCAGCGCGCUCCCAGCUCCCCUUCCCCCAGCGCACCCUCCGCGAAGGCCGCGCGGGGAGCAGGCGGGCUCCGGGGCUAGAUGGGAGCGGACGCUUGAGCGGGCGCUGCGCUGCCAGGUGCCCGUGGCGGAGGAAGGCCUGCGGGAGCGAGCGGCGGACACCCCGCCAGGCAGGGGAGCGUGAGAGCCCUCCCCGGAUCUGAAGGAAGUAUGUUCCGGUUCAUGAGGGAUGGAGAACCAGAGGACCCCAUGUUUACGAUGGACCCUUUUGCUAUUCACCGUCAGCACAUGAACCGCAUGCUUUCUGGAGGCUUUGCAUACAGCCCCUUCCUCAGCAUAACUGAUGGGACCAUGCCUGGGGCACGUCAGGCCAGUCGCAGGAUGCAGGCAGGAGCCAUCUCACCCUUUGGAAUGUUGGGAAUGGCAGGUGGCUUCAUGGACAUGUUCGGGAUGAUGAACGAUAUGAUUGGAAAUGUGGAGCACAUGACAAGUGGUGCCAACUGCCAAACGUUUUCUUCUUCAACUGUCAUCUCCUAUUCCAACUUGGGUGAUGGCCCCAAAGUCUAUCAUGAGACCUCGGAGACGCGCUCUGCACCUGGCGGGAUCCGUGAAACAAGACGGACUGUGCGGGACUCAAACAGUGGCCUGGAGCAGAUGUCAAUUGGGCACCACAUCCGGGAGAGAGCCCACAUCAUGCAGCGCUCACGGAACCAUCGCACAGGUGACCAGGAAGAGAGGCAGGAGUACAUCAACCUGGAUGAGAGUGAUGCAGCUGCAUUUGAUGAUGAGUGGAGGCGAGAAACAUCCCGGUUCCGGCCACAGCGAGGACUGGGUUAUCGGCGUCACGAGAGCAGCAGUGGCCGCCGGCCUGAGGGGACACAUCUUGCUAUCCAGGGCCCUGAGGAUUCCCCAUCCAGACAGGCCCGCCGAUACGACUGGUGAAUCUGGAGCAGACUUUGGGGGGUGCAGCAUGGUCACCCCCAAAUCCACCUACUCUCUCUUGUACAGACAGUGAAACUCUGAUGACAAAGCACUGCUUGGAAUCUUCUCAAAUUUAAUAUUAACCCCCACCCUCUAAGAAUUGAAUAAAGUGAUUAACCCUCCACACUGCUCUCCUUCUCACCCAGUGCGGGGGCUACAGGGUGGUUUGGGGACCUCAUGGGUGUACGAAGGACACAUUUAUUAUCCUGCCUCAAUUCUCCCUCCCCUUCCCCCCCUCAAACUCUUCUUCCUCUUUUUCCAGUCACCCUUGGCUCAGUUCCCUUUGCCAGUAUUUGUGCACACAAGGGUCAUCACCCUGUCCUUCCUGUCCCUUCCAGCUUUCCUGCGCCUGGUUGGGCUGGUUCUGGAGUGGUAUUUGGUCCCUUCUGAAAUGAUCAUGUUGAAGAAUUUCUUGCCCCAUUCUUAAUCCCCCUCACUGGGACAAAAGCCCCCACUUCCUCUCCUGCUUCCUGGUAUGGUGAGGUGGAAGGAAGUGUGUUUGGGAGGGGGAGAGGAACAAGAACUGAACCAGCCUGUAUCUCCCUGCCCAUGUAACCCCAUUUGCAGUCAACUCUCCCCUUUUUUAAUUUGAUUUGUGAAACUUGUAACUAGGUGUUUACUGAAUAAAGGAACAAGAACUGUAAA